ACAUUCAUGUGACCGCGGUAGAGAGGCGGGGUCACAAUGUAAUAAUUUAGGUGCUACAGUAUAACCAGUAAAGUGUCUGUGAUAACUGAGCGCAUCUGUUCGCCGUCGCGCUCUCUUUCCUCUCGCCACGGAUCUAUAAGAGACCAGUCUCGGAUGUCAAAUGAAAUUUCUAAAGGAGGCGCCGCCAGAUGGGACUGAAUCUUAACACAUUCAUAUGAGGAGGCUGUCACAGUGCGGCUGGGUCGAGUGGAUGGACUGAGUAAUGCUGACGUGCUGCUCUGUCCUAUCAGGCUGAUGUAUGUUCCCAGUGAGGAGACUACAGUCCUCAGGAGCCACAUAGCACCACCCCUCCACCUUCACCACCGUCUCCUCUUCUUUUUCUAGGGGCAUGCCUUCUGAACCCAGCCUCAGCAGUAGGGAGAUGCUGACAGGACAGAGGCUCUGUCAGUCAAAGUCCCACCAGGACUCGGUCCUCUCUGCCCUCAACCAGCAGAGGAAGGAGGGCUUGCUGUGUGAUGUCACUCUGGUCGCCGGAGAGCAGAAGUUCCACGCCCACAAAGCCGUCCUGGCAGCGUGCAGUGAUUACUUUAGGGCUAUGUUCAGCUUGUGCAUGGUGGAGAGUGAGGCAGAUGAAGUGACUCUGCAAGGGGUGACCAGCAUUGGACUGAAACAUGCAUUGGACUUUGCCUACACUGGACAGAUCCUGCUGGAGCCGACGGUGAUCCAGGACGUCCUGUCUGCAGGCAGUCACCUUCAGCUGCUGGAGCUCCUCAGCCUCUGCUCCCACUACCUCAUCCAGGAGCUGAGCAGUGUGAACUACCUGGAGCUGUACCGCGUGGCCGACCUGUUCCACCUCCCCGCCUUAGAGGAGGCUGUGGUGGGCUUCCUGGUGGAGCAUUUGUCUGAGCUGAGCCAGAGCAGGCAGGACGAGGCCCUGCAGCUGCCCUACCGCCUCCUCAGGGAGGUGCUGAAGAGCGACCACCUCACCUCCCUGAGCGAGGAGGAGAUAUGGAAGCUGGUCGUUCUGUGGCUUGAACAUGACUGUCGCUACCAGUACACUGAGGAUCUACUCCAACACGUCCGCUAUGGCCUGAUGGAUGUCCCCACACUACACCACCUUGCCCGUAGUCACCCUCUGGUCCAGUCCAGCCCUACCGCUGCUGCCCUCGUGGACGAGGCCCUGGACUACCACCACGCCACCUUCGCUCAGCCUCUGCGCCAGUCUGCCCGCACCAGGCCCCGUUUCCAGUCCCUCACUCUCUACAUAGCUGGUGGACGGAAGCGGGAGGUGAGCAGAGUCAGGGAGCUGCGCUACUUCAACCCGGCUGCGCAGGAGCACGUACGCGUCGCAGGCGGCUCAAACUGGAGCGAGCUGGCGCCCAUGCCCACUGGGCGCAGCCACCACUGUGUGGCUGUAAUGGGGAACUUCCUGUUUGUUGUGGGUGGAGAGGUAGAGCACGCCACUGGGAGAACAUGUGCAGUAAGGACUGCUUGUCGAUACGACCCCAGGGGUAACUGCUGGACCGAAAUUGCCUCCAUGAAGGCCUGCAGAGAACACUUUGUCCUUGGUGCUCUUGGUCAGUACCUGUACGCUGUGGGGGGCAGGAAUGAGCUGAGGCAGGUGCUUCCAUCUGUGGAGCGCUACUGUCCCAAGAGGAACAAGUGGAUGUUUGUCCAGCCGUUCGACCGCUCACUGUCCUGCCACGCUGGCUGUGUGGCUGACAACCUGCUCUGGGUCUCAGGUGGGGUGACGAACACAGCUCAGUACCAGAAUCGACUGAUGGUGUACGACCCAGAACAGGACCAGUGGUUGGCCCGCAGUCCCAUGUUGCAGAGGCGAGUCUACCACGUCAUGGCGGCGGUGAGGAGGCAGCUCUACGUGCUAGGCGGGAAUGACCUGGACUACAACAACGACCGCAUCCUGGUCCGCCAUAUUGACUCCUACAACAUGGACCUGGACCAAUGGACACGCUGCUCCUUUAGUCUACUCACUGGUCAAAAUGAGUCCGGGGUUGCCGUCCACGAUGACAGGAUCUAUGUGGUUGGAGGAUACUCCAUUUGGACCAAUGAGCCUCUGGCAUGCAUUCAGGUGCUGGAUCUGAGCACAGAAGGGAAGGAAGAAGUUUUUUACGGGCCAACACUGCCAUUCGCCUCCAAUGGGAUAGCUACUUGUUUCCUCCCUGCUCCUUACUUCACCUGCCCAAACCUGCAGACUCUACAAGUACCCCAUCACAGGAUAGGUGCUGUUUAAACCACCUAUGAACAAAAUGUCAGAAAGCAUGGACACCGGAGAAUGGAGGAGCCUGAAACUAAACUCUGGACUGCCAGUAUUUGCAAAUAUAACUGACAAAAAAUGUAACUUGAUCACAGUACUGCCAUCACACUGUCACACUAGUGCACAGAGAUUUCUUGGAGUCCCAAAUGUAAUAACAAUACUUUCCUGAUCUACAAGGGCCAUGUUAUUCUGCAAGCUUCUAGGAACCUGAAAAACAAGCAACUUUCUCAAUAAUACAGCAUAUCUGCAGUAUUUCCCCAAAGACCGAGACUCUGUUCAAGAUGUCCGGUGAAGAUGCGACGAGCAAGGUAAGAACAAAAUAACUCCAGAGGGAUUAUAAUUCCCUAAGAAGACAGGAACAAAAUGCCAAUCCUAUUACCAAUUAAGUGUGGCAAGCAGACAUUAUUGAAUUGCUCAGAUGUCUGUGGGAGUUCAAAGAAACUGUCCUUUUUCUAACCCAUUAUAGGGCUGUAGGAGCUUUUUGCUUGUAUAACAUUUCCAUCAAACCUCUAUAAUCACUUUCAGGCUUGUUUUCAAGAUAUCGACGAAACCCGUUUUUUCUUGACUCGCAUGUACUUUGAAAUUACAGAUUAGGUUAGCAAGUGUCAAGGGCCCGAGGCUGAAGCUCAUCAGUGCAUAAAUGACCGUGUAGUUUUAUUUUUAUUCAAAUAAGGCAAAAAUUAUACAGCAGUGACACACCACCUUAGGAGUGUAUGUUAUGUGAGAUUUUUAUUAUGCUCAGGACCUAAGACUGUUUAUGUUCAAUUGAAUGUCUCGUCACUGUCAUCGUUUGGAGAACUUAUGUUGAAUAUUCUCCAAAGUGUGAAUAUAACAUUAUAAUAACAUUUCCUUAAUGCUGAUUUUCAAAAUAUUUAACUUUGACCAAAACAGAGAAAAUGUGAUACUUGCACUUUCUCCAUCUGUUCAAAACAUGUGUCUGAAAGAAUACAUGUAACAUUUUCAGAAUAAAGAAGCUAAACAAAUAAA